AUGUCGACGCACAGAGAGGGAGUCAACCCCCUGAGGCCCUACUACAUACCGCCAACCAUUGGCGACGCCGCAGAUGCCGUCCCCGCGGCGAGCGCAAAGCCAUUUGCCGGGAGAAAUGCGACUGCCGACGCCGGAUACGCUUCGCGGGCCCGCCAUGUCUUUGCCGAUAUAGACUACAAGGACUACAUAGGCGAAUCGUCGCCAUCCUUGGGCCAGAACAUCAAGGAGCUCGUCGACGAACUGAUAUGGAAGUACGCUUCCGUGCUGAUGGCCCAGCCCUUUGAGGUGGCAAAGACCAUCCUCCAGGCCAAGGACCAAGGCGAUAAUGUGGCACACGAGUCGCCCCUGAAAGCAAACACGCUGAGGGGACAGACGUCGAGUCGCGGCGUCUCUGCACACGACAACCAGGACUCGGAUUCAGAAGGCGACGAAAUCUCCUAUUUUACCUCUACAGCCCCCGAUACCCCAACGCCGUUAUACAGAAGCCGAUCCGCUCGUGCCGGCCGCGCGGCGUCGCCUACCCGAUCGCCGCAACGAGCCAAGCAGCCUGCGACGUCGGAACACCAUCUGCAUCUACGGCGACCGGACUCUGUGCUCGAGGUAAUUGGGCAGCUAUGGCAGAAAGACGGAGCUUGGGGUGUGUGGAAGGGCUCCAACGCAACCUUCCUCUACACCGUGCUGCAGUCACUCCUGGAGAAUUGGUCGAGAAGCUUCUUGAGCGCUAUACUCAAUGUCCCAGACUUGGGCGUCAAGGAAGACAUUGACCGUCUUGUCGACAUUGCCUCUCCAUAUCCAUGGGCGUCGCUUUUCGUCGCGGGAACCGCAGCUGUUGCAACCGGAGUGCUCUUGUCACCUCUAGACCUGGUGCGCACGAGGCUCAUCAUGACUCCCGGCAACAGCGGGCAGCGACGAACGCUGGCUUCUCUCCGGGCUCUCCCCUCCUAUUUGUGCCCCUCUUCGAUUGCGAUCCCAACCAUUUUGAACUCGCUUAUACAUCCGCUUCUCACGCUUUCCACGCCGCUGCUGCUCCGGACUCGAUUCAUGAUUGAUAGUCAAGUCUCACCAAUGACCUUUUCCGUGACAAAAUUUUGCGCUUCGUCGGCCGCGAUCCUCAUCAAGCUGCCCAUCGAGACGGUGCUUCGCCGCGGCCAGAUGGCGGUGCUCUCGGGCCAAACAUACGUUCGGGCCUUUAGCGCAAAGGGGCAGAAUAUGGAGACCAUUGUCCCCGUCGGACGCUACAAUGGCAUAUUCGGCACCUUGUAUCAUAUCGCGUCCGAGGAGGGGACGCGAGAGGGCCAGGGGAUGGAGGGUCUCUGGAGGGGAUGGAAGGUCAACUGGUGGGGGCUUGUCGGCCUCUGGACGGCCAGCGUAGUUGGGAAUGGCGGCGAGGGCGAGUUCUAG